CAUACACACAGUAUAUAUAGUCAUACAGCCCCGGUAUAUAUAGUCAUACACUCAGUAUAUAUAGUCAUACACCUGGUAUAUAUAUGUAGUCAUACAGCCGGUGUACACACAGUGCGGUCUGCGGCCAUUGUAUAGAGAGAGACUGCUCCAGAGAGACAUCCUAAAGAGACAGCUCAGCAGGGACACCAGCAUCAAGUAGACUGAUCUGAGAUCUAAGAGAGAAACUACUCCAGAGACAUCCAGAAGAGACAUCAGAGAGACUGCUACACAGAGACAUCGGAGAUCUGAGAGACUGCUCCACAGAGACGUCCAGCAACCAAGAGAGACAUCAGAGAUCUUAGCGAGAAACUACUCCAGAGACAUCCAGCGACCAGAAGAGACAUCAGAGAGACGGCUCAACAGUGACAUCAUCCUAGAUCUGAAAGACUAUACUGCAGAGAUAUCCAGCAUCCAAGAGACAUCUGAGAGACAGCUCCACAGUGACAUCCAGCAUCUGAGUGAGACCAAACAGCAGACAUCCAGCAUUUGUGAGACUUCAGAGAUCUGAGAGACUGUACUGCAGAGACAUCAGAGACUGCUCCACAGAUAUUUGAAAGAGAGACUGUACUGCAAAGACAUCCAGAAGCUGCAGAGCCAUUUCAUUGACUGCUCUGUAUAGACAUUCUGCAUCUGAGACACUUUUCUACAAAGACGUCUGAGAGACUGCCGUGCAGAUAUAUCCAGAACGAGAGUGUUCUGCAGAGAGAUUCAACGUCCAAGAGAAACAUCUCUGCAAAGACAACCACAAGACUUCAUUGUCCUCUAGGAGAACGCGCAUGAGAGACAAGUGACAUCAGGACGUGAGCGCUCUGGUUCCACCAUGCAGGGUGACCCUCCGACUAUGAGAGUCUCCGAUAGCGAUGGGAAGCUAGACCUGAGCCCCAGCCCCCUCAACCACCGUGUGCCCCCCCGGGGGGUCAGCAGCAAGGUGUGGCAGUACAGCGACCACAUGGAAAAUAUCUGCGGGUAUCUGAUGAAGUACACCAACCUGGUCACCGGCUGGCAGUUCAGAUUUUUCGUCUUGAACAAUGAAGCGGGGCUAUUGGAAUAUUUCGUAAAUGAGCAGUCGAAGAACCAGAAGCCGAGGGGCACGGUGCAGCUGGCCGGGGCCGUCAUCUCCCCCAGUGAUGAAGACUCCCACACAUUUACAGUCAAUGCUGCUAGUGGAGAACUUUACAAACUGAGAGCUUCAGACACCAAAGAGCGGCAGCACUGGGUGAGCCGUCUACAGAUCUGUACACAGCACCACACGGAAGCCAUUGGCAAGAACAAUCCUCCUCUGAAGUCUCGUAGCUUCUCUCUGGCUUCUCAGGGCAGCGGCAGCUCUCCCGGCACCCAGCGUCGGCCCAGCCAAAGUGCUUCAUCGUUCUUUAACAUUGGCCACCACCGUGCGCUGCCAGGCGGCAGGAGAGCCCAGAUGUUACAGCCGGAUCACCUGGGAGAAGUGCGGGAGAUGAUGACGCGGGCGGAGACUCAGCAGAGGGACCUAAUGCGCAGCAUAGAAGGCCUCCCAUCCAGCGGUCACUUCAGCUCCCUGGACCAGGACCUGCUCAUGCUGAAGGCCACAUCUAUGGCGACCAUGAACUGCCUGAAUGAUUGUUUCCACAUGUUGUACCAGCAGCACACAGCGUUACAGAAGAACAGCCUGCCCCCUGGGGUGACGAUAAACUGGUUGGAACCAAAGAGCCUCCUGUCCGAGCACCUGGAGAAUGGAGAGGCACCCCGCUUCCCAGCCGAGGAGUGUAAGGAGCAGGAGCUGCUGAUCGAGACACAGGGGGAGCCAGAGAGCAGCGAGUUAUGUCGGGAGCCCAUAGAGAUUGACCCUGAGGAUGAGGUGGAGGACUCGUGUGAGCUGACGGAGGAUGAUCUGGGGGCGGUGGAGGAGCAGCGCAGCGUCAUCCUGCAUCUCCUGUCACAGCUCAAGCUCGGGAUGGACCUCACUCGGGUUGUCCUUCCAACCUUCAUUUUGGAGAAGCGUUCGCUGCUGGAGAUGUACGCAGACUUCCUGUCCCACCCCGACCUCUUCCUGUCCAUCAGUGGGGGGCUCACCCCAGAGGCGCGCAUGCUGAGGUUUGUGGAAUAUUACCUCACUUCCUUCCACGAAGGACGCAAGGGCGCGCUGGCCAAGAAGCCGUAUAACCCCAUCAUCGGGGAGACCUUUCACUGCUCCUGGAGGGUCCCCAAGGACUGUGUCCAGUCCCCCGAAUCCUCAGAGACUUUAGUAGACGCCCAGGAUCAGACACCACCGCAGGAGGACUCUGCGGACAAUAAGACGGAGGAGGACUACUACACCGUCAGGUUUGUGGCUGAGCAGGUUUCUCACCACCCUCCAGUAUCGGGAUUCUACGCGGAGUGUCCGGAGCGCAAAAUGUGCGUCAACACCCACGUGUGGACCAAGAGCAAGUUCAUGGGGAUGUCCAUCGGAGUCACCAUGGUGGGAGAAGGCGUUCUGCAUCUACUGGAGUAUGACGAGGAGUACACCUUCACGCUGCCCUGCGCCUACGCCCGCUCCAUCCUCACCGUACCGUGGGUGGAGCUCGGAGGGAAGGUGAACGUGAACUGCCCCAAGACCGGAUACUCUGCCACCGUCACCUUUCAAACUAAGCCUUUCUAUGGAGGAAAGCUACACAGGGUGACCGGCGAGGUGAAGCACAACCCGACGAACACGGUGGUGUGUAAGAUUCAGGGCGAGUGGAACAGCGUCCUGGAGUUCACGUACGGCAACGGAGACACCAGAUGUGUGGACCUGACCAAGCUGCCGGUGACCCGGAAGAGGGUGCGGCCGGUGGAGAAGCAGGGGCCCUUCGAGUCCAGGAGGCUUUGGGCCCAUGUGACAGAAGGUCUGAUGGCGAAAAAUAUAGAAGAAGCCACGGAGCACAAAAGAGCCCUGGAGGAGCGGCAGAGGGCGGAGGAGAGGCACCGCGCCGAAACCGAGACUCCAUGGGAAACCAAGUACUUCUCCAAAGAGGGUGAUGGCUGGAUCUAUAACCGUCCUCUGUGGAAGAGCUGUAGUUCUGGACUGUAAACUGGAAGCGUGUGGACGUGUCCUGCAGAGGAUCGCACCCCAGGAGUGGUGUAGACAGGCUGCUUCCCCCCAGAGGGGUUUGUGUCUUAGUGCCCCCCUGUUUUAUACCCCCCGUACCCCCAAUGCCUCUCUGAUCUUAUACAGUUGGCCGCUCAGGAUCCUUUCAUCGUGGACACACAGAGACGACAUCCCUGCUCUGACCCUCCCCGUCACCUCGUCCAGUAUUAAUUCGCCUCUGUCCAGCGUCUUUUCGUUGACCGGUCCCUGAGCUGCGGCGUAUAGCGCCCCCCUCUGCUCAGAGCCUUUGAUGUUCCUGUUUCUUGGCCUCUGUGGAUCAGGGAGUCUUCUCAGCCGCGGUUGGAACGUCCCGCUCCGGAUGCCACCACAAUCUGCUUUUGUUUUGGAUUGUGUUUUACAAAUGAGGAUUAACCCUUUCCCUGCACAUGCUGCCUCUGGGGAUAGACUGGGGUAGGUGGGCCAUGAUAUUAACCCCUCUCCUGCUGCUUCCUGUCAGGUGUGUACUUGUAGACUCUCUACCUGUUGGGGUGAAGCUUGCGCAGUAGCUGGAGGAGGAUGGCUUCUCUGUACAGUAUAUGAGUGGUGCCUUAUCUCUCUUCUGAAUGUCGUCUUCCAAUCCGUGUGACCGGCGAUGGCCGGGGCGUCUACUCCUGCGCUGAGAGAACAGACGUCCUACAAACCGUGUGAUGGAAGAAUGAGAAUAAAUUGUGAAUUGUC